GCGUAAAGGAAUAAACAGGAAGUGAAGAGGAGUGAUCCAUCUAAAAUCUGUCAAUGAAAUGCACCCAUUUAGAAAUAAGUCAUUGCGUGAUGAUGGCUGACAACAGCUAGGGAGAUGAGUUAUAAACGUGAGGGACACAAGCCCCCUCGCCCUCCUCCCCCGAAGGUGAGCUUGGGCUCCAAGAUGAGUUCAGGGGCAAUAGGCAUCAGCUUCAAGGCACUGGAGGAGGAGGAUGAUGAGGAUCUCACCAUCUUCACGGGCAAGUUUGAUAAGGUUGUUGAGGAGGCCCACAAGUCCAAUCGCUCCGGCCAUGAAAGAAGGGGGUCAUCAGGGGAACCGAAGCUCAUCAAGGCAGGAUCAACCUCCAUACAAGAUUCAAAACUCACUAAACUUCACCCAAAUUCAAAAUCCUUAGAUGAUGGUAACUCAUCUCCCACUAAGAAGAGCUUUUUUGAAUAUAAAGAUAUCAUUUCAGAUAUCAGACAUAAGAUAACUGACACAAAAGAAAAGAUAACUGAUUCAAUAAGCAAAAGAAUAGAAGAAUUUUCGGGAGAUUCCAGCUCCAACCCCAGCCCUGAAAAUGAGCAGCCUUUUGAUGAUGACAUGUUGGUUACUGAGAGAGUGAACAUUUUGACUGAGGUUAGGCCAGAAAGGGCACCUGUUGUUCAAGAUGCUGUACCAGGUGCUGUGAAAGAUGACUUGGUUGACCAGUUCCAGGAAUGUGAGGAAGACACAAGUGCUGUCGGAAAGGAUGAUGAAGAAGAAGAUGAUGAUAUAGCUGUUAUUGAUGAAUACUUUAGUAUGAACUCAAUGGAGGAUUUUAGUUCCAGCCCUGGACUGAAUGUGUCUGUCAGGCAGAGAUCAAAACUAAACCGUUUAGUCAAGAAAAACUCUAAACCUGUAACAUCAGCAACUAUCUCUAUGUCAACUCUGAUGGACACCAGUCCAGCGGAGGAAGAACCGCAGUUUAAUCUGGAAGUACAAGAUGAACAUAAUGAGCCUGUUAUGGAGUCAACAGAGCCAGGACCAAAACCAGACCUGGAGAUUUUGAUAAAUCAGGACAAAAAAACACCAACCACAUUCAAUGUAGUGAAGCCAGCAGAGAAGACCGUCCCCAUACAAAAGCUGGCAGCAAUAGCUGUGUGUGUGUUUGCAUAUCUUAUCAUGCCCCUUCCCUCCUAUGUGUCAGGGCUGUUGAUGGGGGCCAUGGUAACGUCGGCUGGAUGGGCCCUGUAUCUCUGGUACAAACAACCACCAAAACAACACGAUGAUUUCAAACUCACCCCGCUUGAAGAUUUACCUCCCAUGCUUCUUCCAGAGAUGAAGGAUCCUGUCAAAGAUGAUGGUAUUUAUAAGGGCUGGAUGAAUGAGCUGUUGGAAUACAGCUCCGAUGACUACCAUAUCAACCAGACACACUCUGUCUACAUCAGUCUCGAAGGUGCACAUCUUAGACUGCAACGACCAAAGAUAGGGGUGCCAAAACGUGCCAUGUGGGAUGAAGCAUUCACACCGUCAUCAUUCAUACACCAGCGGCAUUUUGACCUACAGGGUAGCCGUGUGUUCCUGCUCCCCUCUGGUUUAGUGAAAAAGAGGAUAUGGAGCAAGAAGUACCCUAUCUGCGUGGCCCUGGCUCAGGCUGGGACCAAGUCAACCAGUGCACCCACUGCAGUGUCCGGAUCUCCCAAACGCACCACCACACCCAACAGUGAUGGAGAGUCCGGAUUUGAAAUCAUUGAUGAAGAGAAAUGUGACAGUAGUAUCCUCUAUCUCUUCGCUCGAACAGGAAGAGAAAAGGAAGACUGGUAUAAACGUUUCGUGUGUGCAUCUAUGGGUAAGCCUUUAGGCAACCACUUGCUAGAUCUCAAGAAGGCAAUUUCAAGUCAAUCCAAACAUAAACGGAGCAAUUCAGACACUUCUUUGAGACACAAACGACAAGGUUCUACAGAUUCUAUUUCGUCCACAUCAUCACAAACUGAGUCACCAGUACCACCACCCCCAAAAGAAACUCAAUCUGCGUUAGAUGUGGACCUCCUGGCGUUUGCACAGUACAUGGGGCGCCUCAUGCCAUCCACCACGGGUGUGUCCAGCCCUGGGAAGGAGAACAGUACAUGGAGCACCAUCAGUGGUUCCCUCAUCUGUGAUAAACAACUAUUUUGGGUCAAUGCCAUGGUUGGUCGCAUAUUCUGGGAUUUUCUUCGAGACAAAUGGUGGUCUGAGAAGGUGACCGAGAAGUUACAGAGGAAACUGAGUAAAAUACAUGUGCCAUAUUUCAUAGAGGAACUGCAAGUGAUGGAUAUUGACAUGGGCUCCGAGAUCCCUGCCAUCCGGCGUGCAGGCAAACCGUACCUGGACGAGAAGGGUUUCUGGGUGGACCUGGACAUUGCUUACAAUGGGGGCUUCAAGAUGACAAUCGCAACCAAGGUGAACUUGAUGAAGCUGAAGAAAACUACACAUCAUAACGUCUCACAGCGGCCACUUGAUAAGAGGUCGCCCAUAACAGACUCUGAUGAGGAGGACAGUGCGGAGUCCUCCACGGACGAAGAGGAGGAGACCCCAGCCACUGAUGAGAGUGCAGCAUCAGGUGGCACCACCAGUAAGAAGUUCCUGAGAUACCUGGACAAGAUCACACAAAGUAAAUACUUCCAGCAGGCCACAGAGUAUAAGUAUAUCAAGCGUGCCAUGGAGGGGGUAUCCAACACGCCCCUCAUUCUCACGGUGGAGGUCAAGACCCUGGUGGGGACCAUGGCCCUCAACAUCCCGCCCCCACCGACAGACAGGUUCUGGUAUGGUUUCCGUGGCAACCCUAGAUUAUGGCUGUCAGCUAAGCCGAAAGUUGGUGAGCGUGAGGUAACAUUCAACUAUAUCACAGAAUGGAUAGAGAAGAAGCUGUCAGUGGAGUUCCAGCGUGUGUUUGUUAUGCCCAACAUGGAUGACCUGGCUAUCCCGAUCCUUCUCCCUGGCAUCCUCCCUGAAGCCAUCCCUGUUGCCACGCCGUCCACCACCUCCUCGGUCUGACUCUGACAACACUGCACUUGGCAGCAGGAUACCCUGAUCUCCAUACAGACAGCACCGCACUCUGCAGCAGGGCACCCUGAUCUGCCCACAGCAAAAACUGCACUCAGCAGCAGGGCACCUUGAUCUGCCCACAGCAAACAUAGCACUCCGCAGCAGGGCACCCUGAUCUGCCCACAGCAAAAAUAGCACUCAGCAGCAGGGCACCUUGAUCUGCCCAAAGCAAACAUAGCACUCAGCAGCAGGGCACCCUGAUCAGUCCACAGCAAACAUAGCACUCUGCAGCAGGGCACCCUGAUCUGCCACAGCCAAAAUAGCACUCAGUAUGUCAACACCCUGCUUUGCCCACAAGCAAAACAGAGCCCAGCAGCAGGGUAGCCUAUCCUCACACUGCUUGACACUCAGUUCUCCAAUAGAUGCCAGAAUAUCCUGCUCUGCACUUGAACGUCCUCCUCACAGGUUGUGCACCUCUCUGUGUGCAAAUGUGUACUGACACAAAGCUGUCCAGGCCUCUCAGGCCUAUCAUGCAGAGUGCACAACAAUCUCUCUAGUGCCCCACAGAACCACAGAGGAACCAGUCAUCAGAGUCUUCUCCCCCGGCAUAUCCCCACUUGCAUAAUUAGAGAAAGUCUUUGUUUAUGAUGCCUUUGUCUUGUUAGUGUGUAUUAGCUUCAGUGGUGUACCUAGAUAUUGGUAGUUGUGUUAAAGGCACACUUCAGUGACAUGUGACAAUCAGGCUGUAUGACUCUGUAGACCGUAAUAGUAACGACACGCUACGUGAUGAACAGGCUAUGGAACGCUGUAGACCGUAAUAGUAACAAGCUACAGGAAGUGUUUAUGUGACGAUCAGGCUGUAAGAUGCUGUAGACAGUAAUAGUAACAAGCUACAGGAAGUGUUUAUGUGACGAUCAGGCUGUAAGACGCUGUAGACUGUAAUAGUAACAAGCUACAGGGAGUGUUUAUGUGACGAUCAGGCUGUAAGAUGCUGUAGACCGUAAUAGUAACAAGCUACAGGAAGUGUUUAUGUGACGAUCAGGCUGUAAGACGCUGUAGACCGUAAUAGUAACAAGCUACAGGAAGUGUUUAUGUGACGAUCAGGCUGUAUGAUGCUGUAGACCGUAAUAGUAACAAGACAUGCUACGUGAUGAGCAGGCGAUGGAAUGCUGUAGACCGUAAUAGUAACAAGCUACAGGGAGUGUUUAUGUGACGAUCAGGCUGUAAGACGCUGUAGACCGUAAUAGUAACAAGACACACUACGUGACGAGUAGGCUAUAGAACGCUGUAGACCGUAAUAGUAACAAGCUAUAGGGAGUGUUUAUGUGACGAUCAGGCUGUAAGACGCUGUAGACCGUAAUAGUAACAAUCUACAGGGAGUGUUUAUGUGACGAUCAGGCUGUAUGAUGCUGUAGACCGUAAUAGUAACAAGACACGCUACGUGACGAGUAGGCUAUAGAACGCUGUAGACCGUAAUAGUAACAAGCUAUAGGGAGUGUUUAUGUGACGAUCAGGCUGUAAGACGCUGUAGACAGUAAUAGUAACAAGCUACAGGGAGUGUUUAUGUGACGAGUAGGCUAUAGAACACUGUAGACCGUAAUAGUAACAAGCUAUAGGGAGUGUUUAUGUGACGAUCAGGCUGUAUGAUGCUGUAGACCGUAAUAGUAACAAGACAUGCUACGUGACGAGUAGGCUAUAGAACGCUGUAGACCGUAAUAGUAACAAGCUACAGGAAGUGUUCAUGUGACGAUCAGGCUGUAAGAUGCUGUAGACUGUCAUAGUAACAAGCUACAGGAAGUGUUUAUGUGACGAUCAGGCUGUAAGACGCUGUAGACCGUAAUAGUAACAAGCUACAGGAAGUGUUUAUGUGACGAUCAGGCUGUAAGACGCUGUAGACCGUAAUAGUAACAAGCUACAGGAAGUGUUUAUGUGACGAUCAGGCUAUAAGAUGCUGUAGACCGUAAUAGUAACAAGCUACAGGAAGUGUUUAUGUGACGAUCAGGCUGUAUGAUGCUGUAGACCGUAAUAGUAACAAGACAUGCUACGUGAUGAGCAGGCGAUGGAAUGCUGUAGACCGUAAUAGUAACAAGCUACAGGAAGUGUUUAUGUGACGAUCAGGCUGUAAGAUGCUGUAGACCGUAAUAGUAACAAGCUACAGGAAGUGUUUAUGUGACGAUCAGGCUGUAAGACGCUGUAGACAAUGUUAGUGGUGUAAGAAUUGCUGAUGCCCAAGACUGUUGAAGCAGCAGCCAGUUUGUCCAGUUGUGUGGUCAUCUCGUGGGAAGGCAGCUGGUUUGUUCAGUUGUGUGGUCAUCUAGCGGGAAGGCAGCUGGUUUGUUCAGUUGUGUGGUCAUCUCGUGGGAAGGCAGCUGGUUUGUUCAGUUGUGUGGUCAUCUCGUGGGGAGGCAGCUGGUUUGUUCAGUUGUGUGGUCAUCUAGCGGGAAGGCAGCUGGUUUGUUCAGUUGUGUGGUCAUCUAGCUGGAAGGCAGCUGGUUUGUUCAGUUGUGUGGUCAUCUCGUGGGAAGGCAGCUGGUUUGUUCAGUUGUGUGGUCAUGUAGCGGGAAGGCAGCUGGUUUGUCCAGUUGUGUGGUCAUCUAGCCGGGAAGGCAGCUGGUUUGUUCAGUUGUGUGGUCAUGUAGCGGGAAGGCAGCUGGUUUGUUCAGUUGUGUGGUCAUCUAGCGGGAAGGCAGCUGGUUUGUUCAGUUGUGUGGUCAUCUAGCGGGAAGGCAGCUGGUUUGUCCAGUUGUGUGGUCAUCUAGCCGGGAAGGCAGCUGGUUUGUUCAGUUGUGUGGUCAUGUAGCCGGAAGGCAUCUGGUUUGUUCAGUUGUGUGGUCAUCUCGUGGGAAGACAGCUGGUUUGUCCAGUUGUGUGGUCAUGUAGUGGGAAGGCAGAAGGAGUAGCUUACUCUGCUUGCAGGGAUAUUGUAAGUUGUUGCAGAUUAUUUAUUUUGACAAUGAUUUAUGUUGCGUAUGUUUUGUAUUAUAUAACAUAUGUAUAUUUUAGCUGUCUUUAGGGUGGCACGGAAGGUAUUCUUUUGUUGAUUGCAAAAUAAGGUAUAUGAUGCUUUACUUCAAUAUAUCAGGAAAAUUAUGGUCAUAGAGAUUAAAUAAUCUACUGGAUAUUUUAUGUUACGAUGAGAAUUAUGUUUGCUAGUUAUCAGCAUGUGUGUGUGUAACUAGAAUAACUACCGGUGUGUUGGUCAGCUUCUGGGUGCCAGAGCCUCAUACUAGUACUACUCAGACUUUGGCAUGGUUGACACAGUGAACAUCUAUUGUUAAGAUAGGUCCGUGCCUGUUUCACUGAGACACAAGAAACACUGGCAUGUACAAACUGAACACCUGUCUCUGUAGCAUUCUGUAAUAUGUAAGUUCCACAGACUUAUACCAUCAUAUUUUGCCAAACAUUUUAUUUUUGUAAUAUCACAAGAUAUAUGGUAUUUUAUACUGCUUUUGUGGAAUAUUUUUAAUUGAAGCUUUUGAGUACAGUUAAGUACUUGAUGUAACUGUUAUGGCUGACAUAUAAUGUUCAACGUUCGCUUUGGUUCCGUAAUAGCUGUUCAUCCCAAGUCAUAUGCGAUGUCAACAAAAGAGUAUAAACAAACCUUCCUCCCACAUACCCCUCAAAUGAUGUAAGGGAGAUAACUCUCAUUCUGGAAGUACUUGUGUUGUCUAUCAUUAACAUAGAGCCCAAAUCUGGUUCAUUUCAGACUGUUGGGGGGAAGUUACAUGAAAACAGGUGACAAUUCCUCGUGAUCAUAAUACAGAGGUGGAAUUCUGAUGUCAUAGAAAUAUUCAUUAUAUUUGGGUUUUUUAUUUAUGACUUUUAAAUCUGGAAAGACCUGAAAUAUAUUUCCUCCAGGAAUCUUGAUCAUAAAAUCAUUGAUCCCAAGAGUGUCCCAAGACAGAUUGGACUUGGACAGAUUGGGAACCACCCUUGGGGACCACCCUUGGGGACCACCCUGUAAAGCCAGCUGUUGGCUGUGACCCUUGUACCCCAACAAAACAGAUGCAAAGCUGAUGCACAACCAGUUGAAUGCCGCAAGCAGGCCACUGUGCAAAUCCAGGCUGUCACAUGAGCCACUAAUUCACUCCGGUGUAGAACACCAUUCACUCACCAACUGAUCCUGUAUCUGAAAUACAAUCAAAGUAGUUUAAAUAUGUGUUAGCUUUCAGAAUGUCCCUUCCCAUGUACAACCUUAGAAUAGAAGGAAACGUUAGGCAUCUUGUGGCAAGUAAGCAUUGUGUCCAGGCAAUGUGAUCUGGAGUUUUAUAUGUCAUAUCACAACAACAUGCACUGUUAAUUUUGCACUAGCAGUCAUGUAGUGUUAUACAACUGUUAUAUAUGGAGAGGAGCCAUGGUGGUAUUUUUGUAUGAUUGUCAUUGAAAGUGUCACUUAAUAUAAAAUCAUCGCUUAACAGUGUCCUGCAUACAGGAAUGAACCAAUGUUUCAUGUACUUUAAAGUAUUUAUUUGUAUGGCUUUUAAGUAAAGCUUGCACCUGGUAGUGUGCAGAGAAACUUGAUAGUCAAUGUACUGUGUAUACUUAAGAAAGAGUUGUACUUGUAGCAGAGGUUUCACUGCUAGAAACAGUGACCAAAGUAUUAGCUGUGUUUUGUAUGGACUGAAAUGCAUGACUUUGUACCAUUAUAUGUUUGAAGUAUUUGCCUAUUUAAAAUCAAAUGUUUUGAUGCGAUAUGAUGUGUAAAGAUGUGAUAACCCCUUCAUAGGAGAUCGCAUCAGGUGACCUUUCUGAUCAACCAGUCAGCUUUGGAGCUUCUAAAUUUUCACUUCUAGCAUUCAGACAAGCAUAUCAGAUUUCUGUAUCUCAAGUUGAAUGGACAGUUCUGAAUGUAACUAAUGAAGGCCAUGCUGAUGCCGACUUUUUAGGAGGGUUAUUAGGUCUUCAUGCAGUCAACUAUCUUAUCGGAGUAAAACAUUUUUGUGAGAUUGUGUUUCCUAAGUUGUUCUCCCAGGUAGGAUGUGUAAAUCUUGUCAUAAUAUUGUCGUCAUGUAUAUGUGCCCAUGCUUGUCUUCCUACGCUUUAAUCAAACUGUGUAGUCCUGGCUGUAAGGCUCAGCAUGCAGGACGUAAUGCUAGCUUGAACAACAGAAAUGCCAAAUACUUGAAUAGUAUGGAAAUAUUUUUCUUGGUUUUAACAGUAGAAAUCUUAUUUUUUCAUACCAGUAUUGUCACCUUGUGCUUUCUCUAUACACCUAUAAGAUAUAAAUAGUACUAAGAAAUAGGGUGCUCUGAUUGGCUGGUUUCACAGUUCAGAGUUAUGUCCCUUAGUUAUAACAAGGCCAAGGUUACCGGCACCAUUGUAUUGUUGACAGCUGUGUUGUUGUCACGCAGGUUCACCUUACUUUCUGACACAGUGUGGUGCAUCCUUGAUAGACGUGGACAGUGGUAACAUGUAUGUUUCUGCCACGUUUAGCUGAAUUCAAUUAUAUUGUUAGGGUUAAUUGUUAAAAGUUGCUGUUGUAUUCAUUAUUGAGUUUUGAAAAGGUUCUUGUGAAUUCCGUUUGAAUGAAGCCCAAAAUAUAUUAACAAAAAUAUUUAUUAUUAAGUCAUCAUGCCUGUCCAUAAGAACCAUCAAUGUUUCAGCAAAUUAAUGAGGAAUUUCUUCAAUCUUUUAGUCAUUGUACAAGGAUGUCAGUUGGACCAUUUGUCUCGUGUCAGGUGAGCUACAGAGCUGCUUGCUUUGUGUUUCACUUGUAAUGCUUCUGUUGUGUUCAGACGGUGACAUUGUUAUCUGUAGUUGCAACUUGCUCAGCUUUUCGAUUAAACAUCUGUAUCAAUUUAUGAGGGUUUUGCUUGAAGACUGAGCAUGUUCGCAUAAGAUGUCAGUUUUUAAUGGGUACAGGGGGCCGUUCCACAAAGUGGAUUUAUCUCUAAGAUUAUAAUCAAACAUAGACUUGUGACAGUUGUAGCUCUGAGAUGAUCCCAACUAGCAUACUUUAACAUCGACUUGUGACAGUCAUAGCUAUGAGAUGAUCCCAGCUCCAAUACUUUAACAUAGACUUGUGACAGUCAUAGCUAUGAGAUGAUCCCAGCUCCAAUACUUAAACAUUGACUUGUGAGAGUCAUAGCUCUGAGAUGAUCCCAACUCCAAUACUUUAACAUAGACUUGUGACAGUCAUAGCUCUGAGAUGAUCCCAACUCCAAUACUUUAACAUAGACUUGUGACAGUCAUAGCUCUAAGUUCACUUUGUUGAACGGGGCCCUGGUACCAUUUUGAAUUCAAGUCUUCUCCAGAACAAGAGCUGUAGGGUUUGAUGCUGGUAAUUUACAGCUUUAGUAAAAACUAUCCUGCUUGUGUUGUAUCAAGCAUGUCUAGUUCUUACUGGGUCAGGUUCUUCCUAUCUGAGUUAGACAGCUUUAUAAAAUUCCCACAGCUCAGUUCAGAAAUCCUUGUCAUUUUAGGUAUUCCAUCUGAUGGUUAUUUUAUUCCUCUCAUAUAUUUAUUUUUUUGUAAUUUUACUACUUGUAUUGAGAUGUAUGUAUUUUAUUUGAAGAUGGCUUGUUCAAGUGUUUAUUUGUUGGUAUGUAUAUAUGUGUUGAAGAUUGUUGAAGUUUAUAUUCCUGUAUGUUGAAGCAUGUAUCUAGGAAGUAUGUAGCACUUUGACGUGCAAUGUGUCAACGAUCUGUACGCAAGAACUGGCCAAAUUACUUUUCUUUGUAUAGCAGCUACCUUCUUUUCUGUGUAUAGAGUUAACCUCCUUCUCAGCAUCUAGCAAACACCCAAGGGCUUAGACUGAUUAGCUAUUAACUAAGUAACUCAUGAAACCGACGAACCUGGUUUUAGAAAUAUUGGGAAAUGUGGGAGGGUCAUUUUAUCUUCAGGGUUCUAAGGAGAUGGCAGUGUUUCACGGAAAGAUCAUGGUGGUACGAUUGUCGUAACUCCCAUCCUUGUGAUUGUUGCAUGGAUAGCUUUGUUGAACAGGUACCUGAUUCUCCAUCAGCCUAUCCCAACAGACCAUAAGGGGUAGACAGGUGCAGAUAGUUUCCUAGUUUUAGGGUCCAGAUGCAACAGAAGUGAGUUUAGGGCAUGCUGCAGGAAGAGAAUAGAAAAUUAGAAUACCGGUAGGCUACAGUGAUGCAAUUUAACAUGAAACAUUUACUAGCCUAAUUAGUUAUUGCAGGGGGCAAUGGGAUAGCCUAGUGGUAAAAGCGUUCGCUUGUCACGCCGAAGACCCAGGUUCGAUUCCCCACAUGGGUACAAUGUGUGAAGCCCAUUUCUGGUGUCCCCCUCUGUGGUAUUGCUGGAAUAUUGCUUAAAGCAGCGUAAAACCAUAAUCACAAUAGUGAUAGGACACUCUGAAAAGCGUAAAAUAGUUAUAUCCCGUGAGGUACAUUUAACGUCAGACAAAAUGACUUGGGUAAGCGGGCUAGAGGUAAUGCAGGUGUUCAGUAGUGUUAUCCAGCCAGUCUGUAAAAAGACUAAAUGACCAAGAGAAGUAAGAUAUAUAGAAUGAUACUAUUAUGAUUAUGGUGAUAUCUACAUUGUUGAUCAAAGAUUGCUUGCCAUAUGUACUGACAUUGAAACAUGAAUACAUAAAGUAUUUAUAACAAACCAAGUGUCUGUAGUUUGAAUACUGGUCAUAUGCCAUAUUUGUUAGACGAUUAAUUAGGGAAGUAGAAGCAGUACAUUACAGUUUCGUUUCUUGUAUUCCAUGUAUUCAUGUCGCUAUGAUGUUGCCAAGAGGGACAUCAGACCCUGCCAACUCACUGAUUUCCUUAACAUUUAUUGAAGAAGACCCAGCACAGACGUUGGUAUUACAUGGUUUGAUUGAUCAAACUACCAGCAUUGACAGCAUUUCAUUGACAAGUUAAAAUAUACAGUUGUGGCCAUAGUCUUGAUAGACAACUGUAUAAAGUGAAAACUUUCCUGACCCCGUUUAACCUGAAGUCCUUCUUUAAAAUAGGGCCAUAACUACAUAUUUAUGAUUUGUUAAUCCAGAUGAUUUUGUCUGGCAUGUUAUAUUUGUGAUUAACAGGGUUUCAUUAAAGUCACCACCACCACCUUUAGUCGGAACAUAUUCAUGUGUUCAUAAUGGUCAGACUUGCUGACUUGUUUGAUGCAUGUCAACAUAUCCCAAAGGCAUAGGUUGAUGCUCAUUAUAUCAAUCAAUGGAUUGUCUGGUCUGACUUGUUUAUUUACAGACCGCCGUCAUAUACCUGGAAUAUUGUUGAGAGCGGUGUAAAGCAACAAGCAAACAAAAUCACAUAUUCACCUCUUCAACAGACUAUAAUAAGAGUUUUCUAUUCAAAAUGUCCCACAAGUUCCCUUGCAAUCUAAUGAGCCCAUGUCAGGUCUUCCCAGAAUAUCCAGAAGUUUGGAGGUAAAGAUGCCCAGAAUGCUAUUGCAAGAGUAAUGAUACAUCUAUUGAAGGAGCAAUAGUUAAAGGACCUCAGUACUUGGCCUGAAAUGUAUUUUUCUUUAUACAGACUAUGCUGGAGGAGCAUGGUAGAGUUUGUUACAAGUUUGACCAUUAGGAUAGCCAUGAUGUGUGCUGUCUUUAUCUACACUUACAAUAGUCAAACACAUCCUCACUCCAGUCAAACACAUCCUCUCUCAAGUCAAACACAUCCUCUCUCUAGUUAAACACAUCAUCUCUCUAGUUAAACACAUCCUCUCUCUAGUCAAACACAUCCCCUCUCUUGUCAAACACAUCCUAUCUCUAGUCAAACACAUCAUCUCUCUAGUCAAACACAUCAUCUCUCUAGUCAAACACAUCCUCACUCCAGUCAAACACAUCCUCUCUCAAGUCAAACACAUCCUAUCUCUUGUCAAACACAUCCUAUCUCUUGUUAAGGAUACUCUCUCCAGUCAAACACAUCCUCUCUCUAGUCAGACACAUCAUCUCUCUAGUUAAACACAUCAUCUCUCUUGUCAAACACAUCCUCUCUCUAGUCAAACACAUCCUCUCUCUAGUCAAACACAUCUCUCUUGUCAAACACAUCCUCUCUCUAGUCAAACACAUCCUCUCUCUAGUCAAACACAUCCUCUCUCUGGUCAAACACAUCUUCUCUCUGGUCAAACACAUCAUCUCUCUAGUCAGACACAUCAUCUCUCUAGUUAAACACAUCCUCUCUCAAGUCAAACACAUCCUAUCUCUUGUCAAACACAUCCUAUCUCUUGUUAAGGAUACUCUCUCCAGUCAAACACAUCCUCUCUCUAGUCAGACACAUCAUCUCUCUAGUUAAACACAUCCUCUCUCUUGUCAAACACAUCCUCUCUCUAGUCAAACACAUCUCUUGUCAAA